AUGGCAUGUUUCAAUAAUGUACAUGCUGAACGUAUAUCUGAAGAAGCACACGGUGAUAUCUUAUCAUGCCUAAAAGAGGAAAAUGAUGUAUUGUCUGAAUUGGGUCUUGAGAAUUCAUUUUAUCAAGAUUUAAUUUCAUUGGAUUUUCCUGUUUCUGGUGAGUGUAAUUACCAAAAUUUUACUGAAUCAGUAGGGAAUUCCGUUGAAUCAUAUGAGUUUGACAAAUAUCUCGGACCAAAAAUCCCUCAAAGUCUUUAUUUCGAACAUAAUAGCAAUCAUGCAUUGAUGUAUAAUGGUAAUUCACCUAUAUCACCUGUCGACAAUAGAAAAGGAUUGGAGUCAAAUACAAGACAAAUUAAAUUGUCACCGUCCGUUGGUGUUGGCCAGUCACAAAUAUCGAUAAAACGUUCGCAUAAAAUACGAAUUCUUCAUCCAUUAGAAGAGUUUUUCCGCCCGCGAUAUAAAAGUGAUUAUUUUACACUCGAUGGAAAAACUCGUAAGCCAAGAUAUGUGGCGGAUCGCACUGGCAAUCACUUUGUUACACUCAAGGUACCAUCGGAUGUUUCUGGUAUGAUCAGAGUCGAUUGGCUAACAAUACCUACUGAAUCAGGUAAUCGAUAUUCGAUGCCUUAUCGAUUUCAACGAGAUAAUGUAACAUCUGAUGUACCAGAUUGUAAUCCAAUUUAUGUAGCCAUCAAGACUGAUAAAACGGGACUAAUGAGACUGUAUUUAGUAUUAAUUAAAUCGAAACAAGAUGAAUUAAGAUUAUGUCAACCUCUAAAGCCAUUUCAUCCAUUUCAAGAUGUUUUUGGUAUAUCGGAUAAAAAAAGUUUGAAACAAGUGCCACCAUUACAUCCAAAACAAUUAAUUCAACAAUAUCAACUGGAUAAAUCUCAAUUAGCAUUCACAUUUUGUGCAUCAAGUUCAGAUGGAACAUCUUGUAUUCCACAAUGGGAUACGACUGUUUACUCAACGGUUCUUACCGAAAUGUCACUAGAAAUUUCCAAAAAGAGAAUAGUCUCAUGUCCGAACUGUGCACAUAUAAUUGACCUUUCAUCCGGCACUGAUAAUAAUGACAACGUUCAAGAAGUAGUAAAGGGUAAACGAAACACAAGUCAAUCUAGUGAUGAAAAAUCAAUACAAACAACAAAACCUGUUAUUUCAGAUCAUUACCUAAUUCCAAAUUCAAAACCUCGAAACAAAUCGUUUGAAAAAGAAAACAAAAAAAUGACAGUUGAAACAGAUACAAUAAAAAAUCCAAAAGAAUCUCCAUUAAAAGCAAAACGUAAACGUGCAUCACGUUCAAGUUCAAGUGGAUCAAGUUCAUCAGGUACUUCAAGUUCAUCAUCAGCUUCAAGUCGUUCAUCGUCGUCAUCAUCAUCGAAUUCAUCAUCAUCAACUAGUCGUUCAUCAUCAGCUGCAUCAUCACCAGAAAAGAAGAAUGAUCGUACAUCAACUAAAGUUAUUAAUAAUAAAUCAUCAAAUAAAAAAUCAUUAGAACAUGGAUCAAUUGAUGACAAAAAACCUACUGCUCCAACAAUUCCAACACAUCGUAUUCCUAGUCCGUCAUCAUCACGUCGACAAGAAAAAGAAAAAGAAAAAGAAGCAACUAAAAUUUAUAUUGGUAAAUUGUCAUUAAAUGUUACUAAAGAACAUUUAGCUGAAAUAUUUGGAACAUUUGGUGAAAUAAAAGAAAUUGAUUUACCAUCACAUCGUAUACAUCCAAAUCUUCAUCGUGGUUUUGCUCAUAUUGAAUAUGUUUCACCAAAUGGUGCUGAACAAGCAUGUAAAUAUAUGGAAACUGGACAAAUUGAUGGACAAGAAAUUGUUUGUGUACUUGUUCAUGGUCAACCAGCACAUUUAUCUGCUGAUAGAAAUCGUCGAGAAUCAUCACCGUAUCAUCGAAGACGUCGACGUUCACCAUUACCACCAUCACGUCAUUAUCCACCACCAAGACGUAUGGGAGAUCGAGAACGUGAUCGAGGACGAUAUAAUGAUCGAAGAGGUGGAUAUUCACCACCAUCAAGAAGUUAUCGACGUGGACAAUCACCAUCGGCAUCUAGUCGACGAACAGGUACAAGUGGAAAUACGGCUGAAUCACCUAAGAAAAAAGAACGUCGAUAUUCGCGAUCAAGUUCAAGUGAAUCAAAAUAA